AUGACGAAGAGGUGCACGCACACAGGCGGACCAGAAAGUGGAGGUCUUGUUCUACGACCAGAUUUUUAUCACUGUCCUGAGCCAGUGUCCGGAUGCCUCCAAGACAAAAUACAUGGGCCCCACCUUCAACACUGGGCACCAUCCAAAUGUCCUGAAGUGAAGUCACGGUCCAGCCCACAGCCUGACACUUAUAGACUGGGCCAGAGCUCCAAUCUCGAUAUCAGGGCACCAGGUAAGAGAUCUGCCCAGAUCGCCAUCCAGCCUUGCUGGAUUCCCCCAAAGAAACUGAGAGUCAGCCCCUAUCCAACCCCCGACAGGAACACUCAGAGACUUCAGCUGACUCUCCAGCCUCUGCUAACUACCACUGGAUUUAGACCAAAAGCGUUACCCCGUACAAUGAGGAAAAUUCCAGCCCAAGUGCCACAAACUGAGCUCCAGCCUCCACUCAAUAGACCUCCCCUGGAUACUGUCCAGGUCUGCACCAUGUCCUGUCAUCCCUGACUCAGCCAUGUUCCAGGCCAGCCACUCAGAAUAGUCGUCAGGAGAUUGGACAAUGGCUGGUGGAGAUCCAGCUUCAUAGUAGCUCCCUUGUUCCAUCCUCCUGAGAAACCACCCCCUCCUGCACAGAGCCCUCACAUCCCACAGAAGUCUGAGAGACACUGUCCCUGUAUCCCAGUGAGUGUCCUCUACGAGGACCUUGAGGUCUCCUCCUCCUCUGAGGAGAAUGAUUGGGAGUGA